AUGUGUGCUUCUUCGUCUAGGUUCUGCUACCAUCAAGGCUUCUCAGGUGUUCUCCAAGUGUUUGUUCACAACGCAAGAAACAUCCACAACAUCUGCAUCUACGAUAACCAAGACGUCUACGCCAAAUUCUCCCUCACAUACAAUCCCGACGACACAAUCUCCACCAGAAUCAUCCACAGAGCUGGCAAAAACCCAGUAUUCAACCAGAAACUCGUGAUCGAUGUCAACCAGAUCGAAGCUGCGGUUCUCAAAUGCGAGAUCUGGAUGAUGAGCAGAGCCAGACAUUACAUGGAAGACCAGCUUCUUGGUUUCGCUCUUGUCCCAAUCUCAGACGUCAUAGGCCAAGACAGCGUCACGCAAGACUAUAGCCUCUCUUCCACUGAUCUCUUCCAUUCACCUGCUGAGGUCGUGUUGCUUGACCCGCAAGUCUCUGAAACUGUGGAUUACACGAGGAUUGAGUUCCCUGAUAUCAGUGUUGUUAAUGAGAACAAACAGAUGGUUACAGAGUACUUCAAUGGGUUGAAUCUCAGAUCCGGAACAGCUUCUUUUCUCUGCCUCGGCUCGACACAUUUGCCAGAAACCGACGUAACAAUGGUGUGCUUAGAGGACAAAGAGCUUUAUGGGAAUGGGAGUUUUAUGGCUUCUUCUUCGACAACAACAAGCUUAAGCGACGACAAGAACACAGCAGAUUCGAAUGAGAAAGAGAAUGGAGAUAUCUCAGAGGUAUCAAGAGGAGGAAGCAAAGAAGUGGAAGAAGAAGACGAAGAAGAGAAGAAGAUGAAUGUGGAAACAUCGAUGCAGAAACAGAUAGCAGAGAUGUAUAUGAGAAGUAUGCAACAGUUCACUGAUUCUUUGGCAAAGAUGAAGCUUCCCAUGGAUCACAACAACAACACUGAAACUCAGACUCAAAAUCGGAAUAUUAAUGGUAAUAAUAAUAAUGGAAUGGAGAAGAAAAAAGAAGGGUCUCGUGUAUUUUACGGAAGCAGAGCUUUCUUUUGAUGAAAUAGAAAAACUCAUUGCAAAUAAGUUUAAAACAUUUUAGCUUCUUGGGUAAUAUCGAUCUGUCUAUGUUUGAUUCACAUAAUUUUCCUAGAGCUAAUUUUUAAAAUUUAGUAUUUUACUCCACAGGAUUACAAAAUUUAUGUGAUCUUGGGCAUUGGAUUAUGUCAAAUCUACAAUUUAAUUUUGCGGAGAAAAAUGUUUUGUCUUCUAUAAAUUGUAGACCCCCGAGUUGAAACGACUA